AUGGACCUCUUCUUUGAACCCACAAGAGGCCGGUCAUUUACCAUUGAAGUGGGUUAUUUCGAUACAGUCUCAGAGAUCAAAGAAAAGAUCCAGAGAUACCAUGGCAUUCCCAUUCCCAAACAAACCCUAAUCUUCAACAACCAAGUCCUCCACGACGAACUCAACGUCCACUCCUCCGAAAUCCUUGACCGAUCGAAAAUCCAGCUCAUGGUUGCCGUAGACCCAGAAAAAGCUAGCGUAAAGGUCGAAGAAUCGCAGCCGUGCAAUAACAAGAAGACCAUCCAGCUCCUCCUGAAAAUGCCCACGUCCAAACUCGGCGUCGCCCUCGAAAUGGACGUCAACGACACCGUCCGGAGACUGAAAGAAAGAAUCAACGAAACAGAUGGUGUGCCAAUAAACAGAUUGGUGCUCCAUGCAAACGGUGUCGAAUUACAGGACCCCCGGUCUCUGCAGGAGAGUGAGCUCUCGGACCAUUCAGAGAUCGAGGUGGGUCUCAGGCCGUCCCCGACGGCUUCCUCGGCAUCCGGGAACUCGACCGGCGGGUCCAAGAAGCUGAAAGUGAUGGUGCUGACAAAAUGCGGGACGAAAAAGAUUCCGGUUGAAGUGAAUGCCAUGGACAAUGUGGGAGAGCUGAGGAAGGAGUUGCAGAGGUUGCAUCAUAGAUUCCAUUUUCAUCUUCCGAUGGAUGGGUUUUUUUUCAUCUACAAGCAGAAUGUGAUGGACGAGGAUAGGUCUUUCCGGUGGCACCACGUUGGACAAGGUGAUACUAUUGAGAUCUUCAAUGGAAGUGUCACCGGUGGUUCAUGA